UAGAUCUAUGCCGAUCCCAGCAAAAGACUGGAGCUGUAUUUCCGUCCCAAAGACCCCUAUUGUCACCCAGUGUGUGCCAAUCGCUUCCCUACCUCUUCCAUGCUGCUUAAAGUGAAAAAGAAAACGAGGCGGAAACGGACAGAGGAAGGAGGCCUAGAAGAACAAACCAACUUUGAAGUGGAGAUACUUGGUGUCAUUUCCACCCUUUAUAAAUUUCAAGGUAUGUCCGAUUUCCAGUAUUUGGUAAUGCAUUCAGAGCCGGACGGUAAACAAACAUCCAUGUAUGACAAAGUCUUGAUGCUCAAGCCAGAAAAAGAAGAUUUUUUUAUGAACGAGCUACCACUUUAUAUUCCUCCACCCAUUUUCUCACGCCUGGACACUCCGAUUGAUUAUUACUAUCGGCCAGAUGUGCAUCAUAGGGAAGGCUAUCGCAACCCUCCCCUGUCUAGCGAGAACCUGAUCGGCCUCAGCCGGGCGCGCCGUCCUCACAACGCCAUCUUUGUCAACUUUGAAGAAGAAGAGGUCCCCUCCAAGCCGCUGGAGGCGGCCGUGCAGACUUGGAAAAAAGUCUGCAGCAACGCGGUGGAUCACCAAGUAGAAGGGGAACUGAAGAAACUUUUUGAACUGCGUCCUGUCUGGUCCCGCAACGCGGUGAAAGCCAACAUCAGCGUUCACCCCGACAAGCUGAAACUGCUCCUACCCUAUUUAGCUUAUUACAUGCUCACGGGACCCUGGAGAAGCCUCUGGGUUCGUUUUGGGUACGACCCCAGGAAGCACCCGGAAGCAAAGAUUUACCAGGUCCUGGAUUUCAGAAUUCGCUGCGGCAUGAAAUACGGGUAUGCCCCAAAUGACAUGCCGGUGAAGGCCAAACGCAGCACCUACAACUACAGUCUGCCUAUUACUUUAAAAAAACCAGGAAAUCACGGCCUGGGCAUCCAAGACUUAAAACAGGGGCUCAGCACAUCUGGAACAUCUGGUGCAAAAUCACCAGUUGUGAGCAAAUACAAACUUAAGGAUUCCAUUUACACCUUUGAGGAAGGGUCGCUGCCCCCUUAUCGACAGAUGUUCUACCAGCUGUGCGAUUUGAAAGUGGAAAGCUUGCAGAAGAUCAUCCAUCGAAAUGACGACACGGAGACGGCUUGCACGGAGCGGGACGGCUGGUGCCUUCCGAAGACCAACGAUGAGUUGAGGGACACCAUGUCACUGAUGAUACGGCAGAUAAUCCGAUCCCAAAGGCCAGCUCUGUUCAGAAACCCUGGUUCCAGUGCCACGGGAGGCAAAGAGCAACUGACUUUUGAAUCUGGAGAAGAGGAGGAGGAGGAGGAGGAAGAAGAGGUUUUCAAGCCUUCGGAUGGGAGCGAAAAUGAAAUGGAGACCGAAAUUCUUGACUACGUCUAAUGCCACGGGGCUGGUGGGCUGGACUGGAUCUUGGCGGAGGGAU